AUGCUAGUUGUAAACAAACUCAGAUCUUUAAUUUGUCACGUGCCCUUCAGCUCAGUGACAGACUUUAUUCGGUAAUCUAACACGAAGCACACAGUUUCUGAUGGACGGAGGGCAGCAGGGAACUAGGUGAACAUUUACGCUUGCCUCACCCACUCUUCACUCCAGUCAUGUUAAGAGUUUUCCAGAGAACAUCCAGGCUGAGAAGAGCUCCAAGAUGCUUGUGCAUCCAAAACACUGCCGCGUCCACAGUUCUGCUUGUACCUGCGGACUUCCAGAGUCCUCUCCUCAUCUGGGGCUCUGCACAGUUUGUGGUCUUUUCUCAUAGGUUGCACGAUAAAACAGAUGGAGUCAGGCCAUCUCCUGCUGCGGCUCCAGAGAGGCGGCCUUUCUCCAGACUAUCAGUGGAGGAUUUGGCCUUUUUCAGGAAGAUCCUACCAGGCAGAACCAUCACUGACCCUGACCUGGUGGAGUCCAGUAACGUGGACUGGCUUAAGUCUGUGAGAGGGUCAAGUGAAGUCUUACUGAGACCUCGGACAACAAAGGAAGUAUCACAAAUCCUCAGCUACUGUAACAGUCACAACCUGGCGGUGAACCCUCAAGGAGGUAACACAGGGCUGGUGGGCGGCAGUGUGCCGGUUUAUGAUGAAAUUAUCCUCUCCACCUCUCUUAUGAACGACAUUAUUUCUUUUGACAACGUCUCGGGUAUUCUUACCUGUCGGGCAGGUUGUGUCUUGGAAAACUUGUCCCUCUUUCUGGAGGAGCGAGACCACAUCAUGCCACUGGAUCUUGGGGCCAAAGGAAGUUGCCAGAUCGGGGGCAAUGUGGCAACUAAUGCAGGCGGGCUGCGGCUGCUGCGAUACGGCUCAUUGCACGGCACUGUGCUGGGUCUUGAAGUGGUGCUGGCAGAUGGACGGGUGCUGGACUGCUUGGCCACGCUGCGGAAAGACAACACGGGAUACGACCUGAAACAGCUCUUCAUCGGCUCAGAAGGCACUUUGGGAGUCAUCACUGCCGUCUCCAUCCUGUGUCCUCGAAAACCAAAAUCUGUUAAUGUGGUUUUCUUGGGAUGCGAGACCUUUGAGCAGCUGCUGAAGGCAUUUCAGCUCUGCAGAGGCAUGCUGGGAGAAAUCCUGUCGGCCUUUGAGUUCCUCGACAGUGAAUGCAUGAGGCUGCUGAAGACGCACCUCAAACUGUCCAACCCCAUCUCUGAUUGCCCCUUCUACAUCGUUAUAGAAACAUCUGGAUCUGAUCCGAGUCACGAUGCGCAGAAGCUUCACAACUUUCUAGAGGAAGCGAUGACGUCGUUGUUAGUUACUGAUGGAACUGUAGCAACAGAGGAGUCAAAAAUAAAGGCCCUGUGGUCCAUGCGUGAACGCGUCACCGAGGCACUGACUCACGACGGCUUCAACUACAAGUACGACAUUUCUCUUCCAGUGGAGCGGAUCUACCAGCUGGUGACAGACACCAGGGAGCACCUGGGGAACCGGGCCAAGAGCGUGGUGGGAUACGGACAUGUUGGUGACGGCAACCUGCACCUGAACAUCACGUCUCCUGCCAAAGACCCUGCUCUGCUGGCUGCCAUCGAGCCGUUCGUGUACGAGUGGGCAGCCAGGUACCACGGCAGCAUCAGCGCAGAGCAUGGACUCGGUCUGAAAAAGAGGAACUACAUCUACUACAGCAAGUCGAGCCAAGCCGUGGCCCUCAUGACUCACAUCAAGGCCCUGCUGGACCCCAAAGGAAUCCUCAACCCCUACAAGACCUUACCGGAUCAUCUGAAAUGAAUUUUGUAACAACUCUUCCAGGAGCUAACUAACAUCUACAACUUCACUACACAUGGUGUGCACGGCCACGGAGCUUCUUUUCCUGGUGUGCACAUUUGCAGGUUGAUCAACGUUUACAUCAGGGAGGUGCAACUAAACC